AUGUCGUCCUCGGUGACUUCGCCGGACGAAACAACCUCUCUUCUAAGAAGUGCAAACCCCGAGUCUGAGCCGACAUCCGCGCCGAUCGCGGCCACAUCGAAUGAUCUGGAACAUGGAGGACUGCUAGCCAGUCAACACGCCGCCACGGCUCCUGGCCAUGGCCACGGAGUUCACAAGCGGCGACAGCCCAACAUCUUGGUCAUCUUUCCGGCCAUUUCUAUCGGCACCUUUCUAUCCGCCGCAGACGGGACCAUUGCGCUGGUCAGCUAUGCUACCAUCUCCAGUGAGCUGGACGCCCUGAACCUGGCCUCCUGGAUCAUCACCGCAUACUCGCUCUCGCUUGCCUCCACACAGCCGCUCUACGGAAAGCUGUGCGACAUCUUUGGCCGCAAGCAGUGUCUGCUGUUCUCGUAUGUCCUCUUCGCCAUCGGCUGUCUUGGCUGUGGCUUGGCCCAGACCAUGGAGCAGAUCAUUGCCGCGCGUGUCGUCCAGGCCAUCGGUGGCGGUGGCAUGGGCACGGUGGUCUCCAUCCUGCUCACCGGCCUGGUCCCCCCCGAAGACCGGGGCAUCUGGCAGGGUGUGCUCAACGUGGUCUACUCUCUGGGCGCUGGCCUCGGUGCCCCGCUCGGCGGCCUGCUGGCCGGCUCUGUGGGCUGGCGGUGGUCGUUCUACGGCCAGGUGCCCAUCUGUGUGUUGGCCAUUUCGGUUGUCAGCUGCUUCCUCGAUGGAGACAUCGGCCAGGACAAGGAGACCCGCCUGGAGCAGGAGCAGCAGGAACAGGAGCAGCUGCAGCAGCAACGUCGGGCAGUCGGACGUGAGUCGCUGUUGUCGAAGCUCGGCCGGGUCGACUUUCUGGGCUCCAGUAGCCUCGUCGUCGCAAUCGCAGCCUUUAUGCUGGGGCUCGACCGUGGCGGCAACGUGUCCUGGACCGCCGUCGAGACGUACGUCUCCUUUUGCGUCUCGGCCGUUGCAACUGUCUGGUUCGUCUACGUCGAGGGUCGUAUCGCCCGCGAGCCGAUUGUGCCCAUGUCUGUCGUCCGCAACCCCGAGCUUCUGCCCAUCUAUCUGUCGUCGUUCCUGUGCUUCUUCGCCCUGGCUGCCCUCGAGUUCAUCCUGCCGCUAUACUACCAAGUCAAAAAGGAGCUGACGCCACAAGAGGCGUCUCUCUACAUGAUCCCGGCCAUCAUCGCCGGUGUUUUUAGCGCCAUGGCCGUCGGCUUCUGGAUGCGGCACACCGGCCAGUUUUACUGGGCCCAGAUGCUGGCCUUUGUCGUGCAGGUCGCUGGCACCCUGAUCGCCUUCCUCUUUUCCGGCACUGUUUCUGAGUCUGUUCCUGGCUUGAUAGUCGCCCACAUAAUGAACGAGCUCGGCAUCGGAAACUCGGUCGUCUCUGCGCUCAUCGCCGUCAUUACCAAUGCGUCUACCAAUAGCGUGGCCGUCGUCACCGCGUCCUACUACGCCUGCCGAAGUCUGGGCUAUGUGCUCGGCGUUGCUGUCGUCUCGACUGUCGUGCAGCAGUACCUGCGGGAUGUCCUGCGUAUCGAACUCCAGCACUUUGAUGUGGAUGUGGAUGCUAUCGUUGAGGACGUGACGAAGAGCCUGGAUUCUCUGCAAUUUCUAAGCCCCGAGAUCGCCGACAUUACGCCCAAACGCCUUGCCGUCGCCAUCGACUGCGAAAUGGGCACUUCCUCCGACAACGACAGCGAACUAAUUCGCAUCACUCUAAUCGAUUAUUUCACGGGUGACGUCCUGAUAGACAGCCUAGUCUGGCCGAGUGUGCCCAUGCUACACUACAACACUCGCUACUCGGGUGUGACGCGAAAGCAAUUAUACGACGCCCAGAGCAUGCGGCAGUGCAUCGAGGGCGUGGCUGCGGCACGUUCGCGUGUAUGGCAAUUUGUCGGACCAGAGACAGUGGUCGUGGGCCAUGGGACUCAGAACGACCUGGCGACGCUCCGGUGGGUGCACAACAAGGUCGUGGACAGCUUCCUUAUCGAAAACAAGCUUCGGGAAGCAUACAAGAGGGCGAAAGAGGAAGAAGAAGCCAGGAAGAGGGAAGAGGAGGAGGCGAGAAAGAGAGAAUUGGGGAUCGUGGAGGAGGAAAGCAAGGAUGGAAGUGGGAAAGAGGAGGGCCGACAGAACAAAGACGGCAAUAUUGCAGACAAGAAAAAGGAGAAGAGUCGCAAGCGUGGAGCAGGUGGCCUGUCACUCCAGGCACUGGUGUACACCCGGUUGGGACGAGUGAUUCAGACUGGCAACAAAGGGCAUGACAGCCUCGAGGAUGCCGUCUCGGCGCGGGACCUCGUUGAUUGGCACAUUCGACAGGCCAUGAAUGGUGUUGAGGUGAAGUGGGAAGCGCUAACAGAUGGCCCUGACGCCAAAUGA